AAGACUUUCAUAUUCGACACAACUUUCACCUUCAAAAUUCACAAACAGAGUCUUCGAAGAUUCUUUGAAAAAUGUCUCCAUCGACUCGACGUCAACGUACCUGCAAUCACCGCACCCGUGUCCUACUGGACACGUUGUUGAAGCAGCUGUUGCAGGAUGAGACCCAAGUACUCGAAGACGGACAUCUCAGCCUCGAUGGCUACAACGACAUCACGCACAUCAUCGACUACGACUUUGAAGAUCUUUCCAUGCCAUCAUCGGCGUCUAAGUUCCCCCCGGAGGUUCUUUUCGAGCCCAUGGUUGAGGUGAUCGGACAAUCUCGAGAUACCUCUGUCUUAGCCCGACCAUUUCCCGACCUUCCGGAAGAGCCAACCCGGUUCGACCUUAUGGAUAGCAUAAUCAUGCUUUGCGAUUUUAUAGUUGACUACACUGAUACUUGCGUGUUCAGUCCACCGGCCAAGCUGCGGAAAAUUUUCCUCCCUUGUCCCAUUUAUCUCGAUCUCCGUAACCAAGGGUGCUAUCCUGAUGACAGGCCCCCCUGGGCCGUUGAGGUCUACCUCGAGCCGGUUCCAGAGCAAGGGGUCGUAUUUCCCCACCUCACUAUUCUGGCCCUACAACCGAAGGCUGGCUGGGAACACGAGAUUUUAUAUGGAGAAUUGAUCGCAUUGGUCUCCGCCAUGCGGAGUCGAGCGUUCCAAGUGAAGAUUGACACCAAGAAGGAGCAGGAAGAGUUUUUGGACGCUAUGGACGUGGAAAGAAAGACCUAUCCUUAUCUUUUCCCCGAGGAGGAGACCUUUCCUACUCUCUUGUUGUCAGCGGUCGAACCCCGGCAUGCAAGAAUCAUCUAUGGAUGUAUGGAAGGGCGACGUCUCGUGAUCCGACAAUCCAAGCUCUAUAGCUUUGUACGAGGGAAUGAUUCUCCCGUGGAAUUUUUCGCUUCACUGUGGCUAAGUCGUCCCGUGGUCAGAGAUUCUCCUUGA